UUCUAUAUUUUAAAUGUUUGAGAAAUUUUCAAUUUGUCUGAAGGCGUUGUGUGCUCAAAAUAUGAGAAUGGAUUCGCGUUAUUCAUAUAUUAGAAGUUAUUCAUCAAAUUCCUUUUACUUUUGUGUUCCAACCACUUAUUGUUUGUGAUUUGUGGUAUCUUAUUCCCUUCAGCUGUUAAAACAUUUGAGUUCGGAUAGUCCGAUGUAUGUCAGUGACAACGAUAAUAAUGAUUUAAUAUGAGUAAUAAUUUAAUUUUAUACGUAGUAGCCACAGCUGGCUGAAUAAUGGCAAAGAUAAAAUGUGUGAAUUAAACAAACUUUAUUCAGACAAGUAUCAAGAUGUCAGUACCACAACUUAGGGAUUAUACGUUAGUCGAGAGGUUAGGCUCGGGUAGUUACGCUACAGUUUAUAAAGGUUUUAAGAAGAAUGGUCCAAGAGAGGUAGUUGCUGUGAAGUGUGUGGAAAAAAAGCAACUAUCAGGAGCAGCUGUUGAUAACAUUAUAACAGAAAUCACACUACUUAAACUGUUAAAACAUGAAUACAUAGUGGAGAUGAAAGAUUUCCAGUGGGAUGAAAGAUAUAUUUUUAUCAUAAUGGAAUAUUGUCAACAUGGGGAUCUGUCAUGUUUCAUACGCAAACGACGAAAGUUACCUGAAACAAUAUGCAGGAAGUUCCUGCAACAACUUGCCUUAGCUUUAAAGUUUCUCAGAUCUCAUAGUGUGUGCCAUAUGGAUCUUAAACCACAAAACUUACUGCUUACUUCUCAACCAACUCUGACACUAAAGUUGGCUGAUUUUGGAUUUGCCCAGUACUUGUCUUCUGAUGACCAGAAUAGCUCCUUGAGAGGGUCUCCACUUUAUAUGGCACCUGAAAUUUUACUUAAGCACAAGUAUGAUGCUCGAGUUGAUCUCUGGUCAGUUGGAGUAAUUAUGUAUGAAUGCCUUUUUGGAAGAGCUCCAUAUUCGUCAAACAACUUCAAAGAGUUGGCUGAGAAGAUUAAAUCACAAAUGGCCAUUCAGGUUCCUCUUGGAUCAAAAAUAUCAUCAGCUUGCAGAGAUCUUCUGAUGUCUCUGUUACAGCAUGAUCCAGACAAAAGAAUAGAUUAUGAAGCAUUUUUUCAGCAUAGUUUCUUGGAUUUGGAGCACAUGCCAACAGCUGAAUCAUAUCAUAAAGCUGUUGAUUUAGUAUGUAAUGCUGUCAAACAUGAUACAGAGAAAAAUUUUGUGGCAGCAUUUAAUCUCUAUUGUGAUUCAUUACGAUACUUCAUUCCGUUAAUUAAUGCUGAAGUGGAUGUCAAUAAGAAGGCAGCAAUGCGCAGUAAAGUGAAUGAGUACAUCAGACGUGCAGAGGACCUUAAGAGGAUAGUGUAUGCUAAGGAAGAACCUGGAGUGGGAGAACAGCUACAAAGUUACCAGAAAAUGGGAACAAUAGAUUUUACUGAAUUGUGUCAUUUAUGUACUGGGACUCCUGCAAUGAUAGCAGCACUAGAAAUUGCCUCUUCCGCAGAACAGUAUGUAGCAGAGGGUCAUUAUCAGAAAGCCCUGGACAAAUUUCAGUCAUGUCUUGGUAUCUUGAUACCUUUGCUAAGCAAUGAACCAAAAGGUCACAGACGUGAUCUUCUUUACAGCCAGAUUCAUCUCUGGAUGAAACAAGCUGAAAGUACAAAAGCACUGCUAUGUGUUUUAGAUUUGGAUGAUGCCAGUAUUCCAGAAAACAAAGGUAGGAGCUUCUGUGUACAUUUGGAGAAGGCAGAAAUAAAUGUGUUUGUCAGUCUUUAAGCACAAAAUUAUGUUCUAAUAUGUGAGUUAUUACAUUUCAGUUCUUUAUAACCAUCUGAAUUAACAGGCAACAUGAAGUCAGGAAUAGAAUAUCCACAACAUAGUUAAUCAGACAGAAUUGUAUUUAUUUAAAUAAUCCAACUUAAAUACAACCUUAAACAAGCUCCAGGACUUUUAAACCUUUCCAUGCUGUAAAUGAGAUGACUUGCUAAGCAAUCAGGCUUUUUUGCUUUAAUAUUUAAUAUUUUUAGUGUGUCAAUGAAAAUAAACUUUUCAUUUCAUGACACAUAAAGUUACAGCUUCUUGCUAAAGGAAAUUCUUAGUUAUCUUAUGAAAUACAGAGACAAAGAAGUCUUUGAUUUUCAUCCCCCCUUGCCACCCUUUCUUGAAAGUCCUCAGUUGUUUUUUGUAUAUCCCCUCGAAAUAAACAAUAAUAAUAUAUAUUAUGCAUUCGUUCUUUAUCAUUGUUAUCUCAGUUUCAGUUAUUGGACUAGAUCUGUUUGAUAUGAACUAGAACAUUGGUAUAUCAAAUUGGUAAAUCUUCAAAUUAUUCAAUUUUUUUUUAAACUUAUUGUCCCUAUAUCUUUCCAUGACCAUUUUGUUCAAAGUUGUACAGUAUUAUGCAUCAAGAAAAUUUGCCAGUCAGUGUGUAGAUUUUUGUUGUUAUGGACAUAUACUGCUGCAUGUAAAAAUUUAUGUAGAAUGCCACUAUGAAAAUUUUACAGUUGUAUAGUUCAUAUAGAUUAAACUGGACAUAUCUUUAA